GGAGUCGGAGGUACUGGGGUUAGUUCGCGAGGGCGCCUGUGUCGGCGCUCGCGGCGCCACCGGUUCAUUCCGCCAUCGGCGCCCGCGACGUACGGACGUGAAAUAACGCGAGCACGACGAUUCGUUUGGGCGGACAACGUGAAGUUUAACGAACACAAAACAAUUCAAUCGCUAUCGAUAGACGGUCGUACGUUCAUAGAAAGAAACAAGCACGCGUUGACGCGCGAGUGAAUCCGUAGAGAAAUAAAUAAAUAGUCGGCUUCGACAAUAACGAAAUUGCAUAAGUGGUUCGUAGCGUGAUUCACGGGUAUAACUUGUGUGAAAUUAGUGCGACGAAGAGUCUUCAGUGAUAGUAUAAUAUGUAUAAAAUCGAGAUAUAGAGCGAGAGAGCGUGAGAGAGUGAGAGAGAAAGAGAUAGGGCAUCGAUUGUCCUUUGUGCGAUCGUCGUUUAACGGCUUCUCGUUUCUUCGGGACGCCACCAACCCGGGAGGGACACGAACGGAGCCGAUACAAUAUUUUUCCUCUGUUCCGUGCCUUUCUUCAGUUCGGUUCCGGGGCCCGAAAUUGCCAGUUCUACGCCGUGUUUUACCUGCGCGUCCCUCACGCAUACAACCGAAGGUCUUCUGUCGAAGGUCUCGUCCCGUGUGUUGGGAGACGUGGAAUGAUAUUACAAUUUCGUCGAAUCGAAGGUGCAGCCAGGCUGGUUAGGCGCGACGUGACACGCGAACGGAGUAUUUGACAACGGUAGGUAAGAGAACUACGGGUGAGCAUCGACGAGAACCAAGCCGCUCUUUUAGACACGGGAAUAAUAAAAUAUUUAUUUAUUUGUGAAACACGCGAGUUUGUUUCGUUGUUCGUUCGUUUGAUAAGUGGUGCCGGGGGGGAAAAAAACGCAACGGGGGGGGGGAUCGUUGAUACGUCAGCUUGUGACAGACGGUUGUGCAUCGGUGAAUAAGGAAAUCGAUAGAUCGUAAAUCGAUAGGUGAGGUCGUUAGUGUUCCUUCGAUCUUAUUCGAUACUGUGCUCGUCUGAUUCUGUUGUACGAUCGGGAAAAGUGCAAGGAAGAUUCACGGUUGUUAAAUACGACACACGAGGAGCAACGAAAUUCAUUAGAGGCCGUUGGAGCUCUCUCGGCCGAGAAGACGAAGAGAAGGGCAGCAGCAGCAGCGGCAGCGGCAGCAGUAACACAGCUAAGCUAAGGCUCGUCGUAACGGAGUCCGGAGGAAAGGAAAACUCACCGUUCGCCGGCUUAUAGACGGCGCUCGGCUUUCUUUCUUCUUUUUCUCUCGGCUUCCCCGUCUCUCCCCCCUCCCUCCCUUUCACCGGUCUCUCUUUCGGGGUUUGCACGAAAUCGCGUGUCGCCGCUACCCGUACCGCGUAGAAAUGUCGCCUCCUUCUGAUCGCGACGUUCCGUGAUCGCAGCUGUUCCUCCUUUUUAUGCGGUUCCUCGGGAAAUUCGAUUUCUGUGCAAACCAGUGAAAUCAAGAAGAAAACCACGGGCACAACGAGACGAGAAACUCGAACAACAACGUCGUACGAGUUGGCGAAAAAGGAAGAGCAGAGAGGGCAGAAGUGAUAGAGAGAAUCGUCACCGGCGAGAAAGUGAGACAGAGAGAUCGUGUUUGCCGUAGAGGGAGAGAGAGAAGAAUAAUCAAAGUGGGAAUACAAAGAGAGGGCAGUGAGAGAGGCUGGUUGUGCUAUACAGAUACACAUGGAUAGAGAAACUCGCGUGUGUAGAGACGUACGUACGGCCCACUCGGAGUAGGACAAAGGGCAAGUGCGAGACAGAGACGCGAUAAAGGACGGAGAAGAGAAAACUGGAAAGGAUGCGUCCGAUUCGCCAGUGAUCGAACGUGGGUCUCUUUUGGUGCGUGGGUGAAAGAGUAGUGUGUGGAGAAAAUUGACGGAAGAAGAGGAAGGAAAAGCGGCGAACGGGUGGACGCUCACUUCCGGCGGACGACAACAAAGGUGACGUUUACGAUGACAAGGAGUCGGGUGAACAGAAGCGAAUGAAUGAACUACACGUCGUAUUACCAGGUGUGAUGGAGCCUCGUGGAGCCGGCUUUUACUAUGAGCUGAGGCCUCGUAAUUAAUCGGGACUGGCAUGGAGAAGGAGAACUCCGCAUCGGGCGGAGGUGGCGGGGGCGGUGGAGGUGGCGGAGGAGGCGAAGCAGCGGCCACGGCGACUCCAGGCGCCACCUCCGCCUCCGAGAAACUCCAGGCGGACCAGGCCAAUCCGUUGCUCGAUCCGACUGCGCUGUUCGGCGCAUAUUGGCCUCGGGGCGACAGCGCAGCUUCGUCGCUUUUUGGUGGAAUGCCGGGUGGAUAUGGGUUGGGAGCCCAUCAUUUGCCAUCGGCUUAUGCCAUUCUCGGCCGAGGAGGUUCUGCUCCUGGUUUCGGAGGCCACACGCCAGCCUCUGCGCCACCACCACCCCCGUACUCCCACAGCAGCCUCGGCACCCUCAGCGUGGCUGCCAGUCAAGCUGCUAGUUUAGGAAUCAAUCCUGCCAGUGCAGCAUGGUGGACGAUGGCCUCGCACUUAGCGGCACAGGACUACCUCGCUAGGUUACAAGGAGCGGCAGGACUCUCCGGAUUUCCGCCUGGUGCCGAAAGCCUGCUGCCACCUUAUCCUGCCUCUCUACUUAAUCCCCCGUCCCUAUCGUCUCACAAGUCCAGUAAGUCUAAAUUCUGUUACGGCAAACCAAAAGCUAAGUCAAGCAAGAGUCACAAGACGACCCCGGCCAGCAGCGGUAGCUCGACGACGCCGAGCAUGACAAGCAGCAGUUUGCCGGUGUCGACUCAAGCACCACCGGUCACGUCCUCUCAUCACAGUACCCCGGUCAGCAGCACGCAAAAUUCGCAAACGAACGUCGUCAGUUCUGCGAAAGAGGGCAGCGAUCCUAGCAGUAUAUUGGGAGGUGUCCGAUUACCUCCUGACACAGAGAUCAUCAAGUACACGUCGAGUAUAGUCGGUCCGAAGGUUCCUGGGACAACGAACCGCGGAAGGAAGAAGACCAUAUCCUUGGACACGCCAAGUGUGAGUGUACACCCACCACCUAAUGUACCUGCUCUUUCUGCUCAUCAGACAAACACGACGACCACGUCGUUGAUGAUGGAACCGAGAAAAUACAAUCGCACGGCGACCGAGUCGAACGACUACAGGGAGCCCGUUGAUCGUGUAGAAGUGAUCAAAUUGCCAGCACACUCGACCAAUGGUUCCGUUCUACCGGCGCCAACGUCUUACACGACCACCACCAAUGCUAAUAGCACCAGCGAUUCGGAUGCGCCGUUGAAUCUCUCCCUGAAACCGUCGACGACGAGCGGUAGCUCGCCGAUUUCUGGUAGUCAACCGCUCAGUCAGCUCAGUAAUUUAAGUCAGUCGUUGCUUGCCUCCGACCGAACGUCAAGACGAAAGCCGGGACCGAAACCUCGAAGGGUGCCGCAAAAUUCGGUACCGGUGCCGGCGUCGCCGAGUCCCUCGUUGGCGCAGCUGUUCGCCGCCGCGGAUUCGCCUCAGCGACCGAGCAGCGGAAGCGAGGAGAGCGAGAGCGCGAGUACGACCCAUCACAAGGAUGGUCGACCAAGGAACCUGGGUCGCGGUGUGUCCAAGCCGAAGAAGAACACCGUUGCCUCGUUACUAGCUCAAAGCAGAGCCCUGGGGAUUAAACCUACGCCCACGUUGGACCCUAGCGUGCCAUUGUCUCACCAGGUCUCGCUAUUGAGGUCGAAUAUUCUGGCUGCGCAGCUGCACGCCACCGCCACGGGUCAAGGUGACGACAAGAAUCAGCGAUCUUUGCAGGAGAAGAUGAAGAACAAGCUGCUGGAGGCGUCCGGUGAAGAGAGCAACAUGGACGUGACCAGCGAGAGCGGAAGUAACACGGAUGUUGUGACGGACACUGACGACGACAACGUGGACGGUGUAUCCAGCGCGAAGAGGAGAAAGGUGAAACCCAGCGAGAGGGAUCUACAGGUUCCUCUGGAGCGUGGCUGGAAACGGGAGACUGUCAUCAAGGGAUUAGGGAAGUCGGGAGUGAUAAAGGGUGACGUGUCUUAUUACAGCCCUUGCGGAAAGACGUUCAGGAGCAGUCCGGAUUUGGCGAAGUUUUUGGAGCAACAGAAUCCACCAGAGCUGACGACCGCAAACUUUUCCUUCUCCUCCCGUCCUCUGGUGGGCGAGUUCCUCCAGCCGACAAUGGGCUUAGCGGAGGCGGAAUUCGUUAGGUUGGGCGCGCAGGAAGUGGCGAGAAGAUUGGAAGAGCUCAGAGCCGCGGGUGGUUUCAGGGACGCGAGAACAAACAAUCAGUAUGAAAGGGAGAAGCUCGCGUACGCGAAGAAACUCGCCAAGGAAGAAGCACAACGGCACAAGGAGCAAGCCAGGCUGAUCAAGGAACAAGAAAAGUCAGAGAGGCAGGAAGCAGUGAGGCGAGAACGGGAGAUUCGAAAUCAACAGUUGCUCGAGGGUCGAAAGCGGCUAGCGUUCACGAUCAAGCAGAAAAUGAAGAUCAUCCAAGAGAUCGAACGCGGUAAGAGCAAGAGCGACGUGGCGCGCGAGCUGGGUCUGGCUAGCAGUACGGUGGCCACCAUAUGGAAGAAUCGUGAGAGCAUCGCUGAGAGCUGGAGGAACCGCGACAUGAUGCAACAGCACACCGAUCGCGAAGAGGAGACGAAAAAAUCCACCACGUCGAAUUUGGUCUCCGUUACGUCCUUGGUGACCAACACGGUGCUAAGCACCACCAGCACCACCAACAGCAACAAUAACACCGGCUUGCCGGCCGUCGUUGUGACACCACCCCAGGUGCAAGUGGUACCAUCGCUGCCACCGCCACCGGCACCUCUCUCAUUGACGACAACCGCCUCCACGACGCUCGUGCCGUCCUCGCAACCGACGCUGCCAUCCACAACAAUCUCCAGCACGUCGUCCACCGGCACCACAACCACCACCACCGCCGCCGCCAACAACCUCAGCAUGGACAAUACCCAGCAGGCCCAGACCCAGACGCAAAGUCAGGAGCUUCUGGAGGCUCGGAAAAAACGGCAGGAAGAGGUGGAGAAGAUACGACUGGAAGAGCAACAACGGAAGCAACAGGAACGAGAACUAAAGCGGCAACAAGCAGUCAUGCUGAAGGAACAGAUGUACAUGCAGGAGCUCACCAAGCAGCGCGAGAUGCUCUACACCGUCGAGCUGGAGAGGGAGAGAAGGAGACAGCAUAUGGCGUUGGUACGUGCCCUGGAGAACCGUCGAAAGAUGGAAGAAAGGGAGAAAAAGCGUCUCGAAGCUAGGGCCGAACGAAUCGCGACGAAAGAGAAACGAGCGGAACAAAGAAAAAUGGAGAUGGAACUGAUCGAACAGAUCAGGAAACCUGUGGAAGACAUGGAACUAACAGACCACAGACCACUGCCAGAAAUAAAACGAAUACCUGGACUGAAAUUGUCCGGCCAAGCUUUCGCGGACAUCGUUAUGGUUUUCGAGUUUCUGCAUAAUUUCGGCGAAACUUUAGGCUUUGAUAUGGACUCGCUGCCGAGUCUAAAGAGUCUCCAGUUAGCUCUGCUCAACGACGAGGAAGCGGAAGAAGAGAUGCUGUCGGUGAUGACCCACUUGCUGGUGUGCGCUAUCGAGGACCCAGGUAUCCCUCAGCCCGCUAGACACACGACGGGAUUAGGGCAAAGCCUACGACAGGCUGACAUAACGCACGCAAACAUCAGCGAGGUGUUACGAAUCUAUUUGUACGCGAACGCAACCGGCGAGGUGAAAGCGUUGACCGGUGUCUGUCUUGAACGAGAACGCGACAAGAAGUUCGCCGAUCAUCAUCAGAACGGCGGUGACUACGCUUCGACCUGUUCAGGAAAGAACGCUCAGUUCUACGAACACUUACACAACAACGAAACGUGGAGGAUGUCCGAGAGGUUGAGGGACAAGCCGUUUUUGGCACUGAAUCCAACGCACAAGGCGCAGAUGCUCGCGUUCCUCUGCAACGAGUUGUUGCAGAACAAGGCUGUGAUCAGGCAGAUCGAAGGAAGCUUAGAAACGGUGGCGCAACUCAGGAAAGAAAGAUUCGUAUUGGACACGAAGAUCAGAAAGCUCAGACAAUUGCACAGUCGAAAGGUGCGUAUGGAAGCAGUCGGCGUGAUCGUGAACAAGACUGGAGACACGAUUACCAUCGAGAAGAAGGAAGUUGACGAGGAAGGUAACACGACGUCGACGGCAGUGGGUACGACGCCUACUCCUGACGAGAUUCAUCACGAGGACGAGGUUGAAGACAUGUCUGAGAACGAGAGCGAAGGGACUCAGCCUGAAGAGGAGGAGGACAAGAAUCUAUCCGGCGAGGAACUUGGGAAAAAGUUGGACAAACUGUUGAAGCAAUCGGAAGAACAGCUACAGAAAUUGAACAGCUCUUCGAAGCAACUUCGAGCGCACAUAUUUGGCCAGGACAGGUACUGGAGAAGGUACUGGGAGCUGGCCUGCGCUGGUGGUAUCUUCGUCGAGGCCAUGGAGAGUGCUGAACCGGAGAUCCUGGACCUGCAAGCCGAACUGGACGAAAAGUACAAAAACAUGCCAACGGAGGAGGCGAAAUCAGAGACGAAACAGGAGGACACUAAGUCGAAUGCUGAGAAUCGGGAGAACGAGGCUCCGAAUGACGUUAAGGAAGAAAAGAAGUACAACUCGAGCGAACAAGAAGAAGAUGUGAAACCGUUGUUGGAUAAAACGAAAUCCGAAAUUGACGACGUUAAUUGCAAGAAAGAACCUGUGCAAAAUUGUGGUUCCGAUAAUUCGACGAACGUGAAAGAAGAGAAGAAGGUCGACGUGGAUGGUUCGAUGGCUGAUGCGAAGACAAACGUCACUUCCGAAGAAAUUAAACAAGAAACAGAGGUUGUUAGUAUGGACGUGGAUGUGAAAGAGGAUACGAAGAAAGAAAACGAAGAGAUGGACGAAGAAAUGAAGCCAGCUGUGAAGAUGAUGGAGGAUAAAAUCGUCGAGACGAUUCCAAAUGGCGACAAAUACAAUCAUGUUAACAAUCUUCAUAAUGGCAAGGAAUUGAACGGCACAUUUAUUUCCAAUUGCAGCAACGAAUUCAAUUGGUUUUCAAUUUUACCUCGAGAAACUUGCGACACUCCAGGACCGAGUACCAAGCAGAUAUUUGGAAUAGCUGAACCCACCGAGCUGAGAAUACCAGUGUUCCCUCCGCCGGCUAGUCCAAAUUACGACAGGUGCGAUAGUCCAGCACCUUUGAUUUUGACCCAGGACGAAGCAGUUCAGCUCGAGUAUCUCAAAGUACACGGUCUACCUCCUCCAGGGGAAGCUAAACCAGUACCAAAGGAUUUACGAUACGGUUGGUGGAGAAUAACAGACGUCGACACGUUUCAAGAACUGUUGGAGCACCUUCAUUCUCGCGGUGUCCGCGAGAAGGAACUGAAACGUACAACAUGGGCGACCAUGGAAUCCUUCCUAGCCGUGACAGGUAGAAUCAACGUGGACCCUGGCAACGUAUCCGCCACCGAACUGAAAUCCACACCCGACGAUCCUGAUACACCGAUCCCGCAACCGGACAACCCGGUAACAUGGAGCGAGCAGGUCGCGUUACGGGUGGACGCGCAACUUUUGGAGCAGGUCGAGGCUCUCGAGGACAAAGUCGCGAACGCCAGCAUGCAGGUCAAAGGCUGGAAACUUCCUCCGCGGGCUGGCACCGAGGAGGCCGAGGAGAUUGAGAAAUUGAACGAAAUGGAGAAAGUGAGCGCUGUCGAGCAAGCGCGGCAAAGGUUACUGUCUUUGGAGGCAGCGAUAGAGAGGAGAUACUUGAAACCACCGUUAGGCGUUUGUACGGGCGAUCCAAAUUUAGCGGCUCUGAAAGCUGAACAGGCGGCUGCGGCUAACGCAAACUCGAGUAAUUCGGAUCAGAGCAAUCAGGCGCCGGUGCCGCAGGAGGAAACAACUCCGAGAGGUCUGAACAACUGGAGAGAGGCAACAGCUCGUGCACACACGUCGGCUCAGCUCGCCAUGGCACUGUACAUGCUGGAGGCCAGCAUCGCCUGGGACAAGAGCAUCAUGAAGGCUGUGAGUCUAACACCAGCUAGAAACUCGGUCUGCGUCAAGCUACGAAACCGCUGCGUCUCACUCAAAGCUACCACUCAGUACAAUCAGCUAUUGACUACUUCUCAGGCCUCUAAUUGUCAGUUCUGUCACAGUGGAGAUAACGAAGACAAGCUGCUACUGUGUGAUGGUUGUGACCGCGGCUAUCAUACUUACUGUUUCCGUCCAAAAAUGGAAAACAUUCCUGAUGGUGACUGGUAUUGUCACGAGUGCAUGAACAAAGCAACAGGGGAACGAAAUUGUUUGGUAUGCGGAAAGAGGGUUGGCAAAAAUUUAGUGCUAUGUGAACUCUGUCCACGGGCUUAUCAUACCGACUGCCAUAAUCCUGUUAUGCCAAAAAUGCCAAGGGGAAAAUGGUAUUGUUCUAAUUGCCACAGUAAACAACCAAAGAAGAGAAAUAGUAGUCGAAGGAGUCAUACCAAAGGGGGAGGCACCAGAGAAAGUGAAAGUUCUGAUCAUCCACCAGCUAGUCCAACGCCGUCAACGGCAUCGAACACGCACGUAGAGGACGUCAGUUCAUCGGAACCGGCAACACCUACAGCCUCGCCGAGGAAGGAGGGCAACAAUAGGACACUGACGAAGAAACAACAACGAGAGCUGGCUCCUUGUAAGGUGCUACUCGAACAGUUGGAGCAACAGGACGAGGCCUGGCCGUUCCUUUUGCCGGUGAACACCAAACAGUUUCCUACCUACAAGAAAAUUAUUAAAACACCCAUGGAUCUCAGUACGAUCAAGAAGAAAUUGCAGGACUCCGUGUACAAGUCUCGCGAUGAGUUUUGCGCCGAUGUCAGACAGAUGUUCAUCAACUGCGAGGUAUUCAACGAGGACGACAGUCCUGUGGGGAAGGCUGGACACGGGAUGCGCAGUUUCUUCGAAAUGCGUUGGACCGAGAUUACCGGCGCACCACCUCCACAUCCGCAAACGCAUAGCUGAGGUUCGGUUCGUUCUCGUAACACAUGCAACAGUUUUGCCCACUUCUAUUACUAGGAGUAUAGUGGCUCUUGGAUAAAUCACUGAGAGAAUUCCGUUGAAGAGACUCGAAAUGAAACAAGAUCGAGACAACCCCCGUAUCUCUCUCGUGCACGUUUGUUGGCCUCGUUCUAGCGGCUAACCGGACGACUUCGAAAUCUAAUAGUAAUUAAUAAUAAAUGAAAAGGAAAUAAAAUGAGAUAGAAACUACGUAAUAAUGCGGGUAACAUCCAUCGUGCGCGUCGUUACGAGCGUUUCUUUUUCUCUUCGUUCGCCUCCACUUCCUGUAAUAUCUUCUUUAUUUUUCGUUUCUCGCCCGUAAUCGACGCUCGCGCGGAAAAAUUCCUCGCAUUCUUUAAACAAAUAUACACACGGUAAACCUUUACACACAGAUAGACACGCUAAUAAUACUCGAGAACGGUACGAUGAAUAUUUUCAACGGCUUCGUACUUCUUCUUUCCAAUUUUUACCGACGAACUUUACGUUCAACGAUCAUUCUAAUAGUCGGAAGUCGGAGUUUAAUCUUGUUAAGGAUAAUCGUGUACGUAGGGUAAAGGAGGCACCGGAAGCUGCCGUAAACACACACACACACACACACACACACACACACACACACACACAGAGAUUUUAACGUGGUAGAGAUUAAACGUUUGUGAUUCGGGGAGCUUCUUUAAGAAAUCGACGCGAUUUUAUUAAUUGUGUUUCAACCGUUGUUUCGCAUCUUAUUCGUUCAUAAGUCUUCGACCUCAUCCACCACCUCCCCUUCGAAUUAAUUAAUUAUGAUGAUAAAUGAAAAAUGCAGAUGGUCACUGUACUUACCAAGUAAAGUUUUGCCUAAGCGAACACGAGAUGUAAUUUGCGAUUGUAUCAUACAGGCUUAGUGCCGACACGUCGGCAAAAGAAAUAUUUUGCAAAAAUAAUGAAUGUGAAGGAAACAAAAUGCAGAGGUAUACAUAUAUAAAUAUAUAAAUAUAAAUAUAAAUGUAUAAAUAUGAAUAUAGUGUACAUGUAUACUAUAUAGAUAGUCACGUCACAACGCGAACAUUCAAACCAUUCACACACCGCGAACAUCUUUGCCCGUUAUUAAAGAAGAAAAAUAAAAACGUCAGCACGAUAAUAAGGGGUAACCAUUUGCUGUAGAGUAAGAUAAAACAGAAUGACAUACGAAGUCAAUCUUCCAAUUAAGGACGGAGUUGAUGCCAUUCCACGGAUUCAUUACUCUUCGUUUCUCUUCUUUUCUUUUUCGUUUAUUCGCUUGACUAUUUUAUUUAUUUAUGUUCGAACCAUGAUCGAGCAGAAAGGAAUGAUCCCAGCUAGAUAGAUAUGAUCGAUAACUCAACGUGAAUCUUGAGUAAAAAAAAAAAAAAAGAAGUAAAGAAAAGAAUCUAAAUGCAUGUAAGCUUGGAAUGUUCUGUAAUUAGAAACGAGGGGAAUAUGUGUUUAUAAGUUUAAGAUUAAUUAUUAUUCUAUGUCGAAAGUGAAUUUCCUAGCAAACAAUAUUUGCAAUUAACAAAAUUAUUAAACAGAUAUCUGUUAAAAAUUUGAGUAUGUACAUGUACAUAUAUAUGUAUUCCUAAAUCUUUUAAUUAUUUAAUAAUUUUGUGUGAACAAUUUCCUACACACUUUCUCUCGUUCAUGCAAUGAAAUUCUAGUUUUUAGCGUGUUUAAUUAAACGCUGUAUCAUCAACGUUACAUUGGAAUUCGAAUAUAUCAUGUUUUUCAAAGCAAUAUCUAUGAAAUUCAAUUUUAUUGCGUGCUCUUCGUGUACGUUGAAUGGCAGAUUCGCUUUUUAACGACGAACUCGCGAAUAAUCGAGGCAAGGUGGACAGGCCAAUGAAAAUUUCGUAUUUUUCGUUUCUCGAAAUUAAAGGAACAAUGGAGUUUUAAUCCCUGACGGAUGCGUAGGUGGUAUGUAAAGAAUUUCGUCGAAUUUUAUCCGCGUCCGAGUUCCAAGCGAUAGGAUCUCGUUUGUUUGAUUGUUCGAAAUAGCACACGCGACGUUUUUUAAUGCGAUGUUCGAUUUCGAUAUAGGAUUAUAAGCAAUUGUGUAAUAAUCUGACGCAAGUUCACCCUGUGGGGUUGACGAUGAUAUUCGACUGUAAGGCAUAACUUUUUAAACCGAACGAAAUAUUCUAUGUAUAUCGUGCGUCAGGGCUGUUGUUAGAAACCAUUCUGUCACGUAUGGAUGAUGGUAAUUGAUAAUUAGGAUGGUGGUGUCGGUAGUGAUUCUUUGGAUAAAUAUAAGCCGCGGUACCUUCGUAAGUGUGACCAUCGCUCGACGAUUAAGGAAAAAGAAACGAUUUGAAAACGCAGAUAAAAAAACGUUAACGAAAUAUCUUGUUUUUUAUGUAAUUGAUGUACAUUAUUGCUCGUAAUAGCGUUUAGCUAUGUAAUAACGAAAGAAUUCAAGUGGAUAUUGGGAGCGAAUGAGAGGGAGAGAGAAAGUUGAGCGGGAGAGAUUUCAAUGGUUCGGCCGUAGUGAUAUGUGCUAAACAUUCGUAGUAUGUAAAAGUAUUAGCUAGAUUAUAAAAAUGCCGCGUGAAAACGAUUACGAUGUAAAAGAUGAAUUUGAGAGAAUUGUGCGGGGUGCGGCUUGCCGACACGAAACGGAUGUACCGUCGUCCUGGCGUCGAUCCAAGAACGAAUCGGAUCGGUAAGAUCGUAACGAGUAAAAGCGCGUGUAUUUUUUCAUUAGAAUUCAUCUUCUAUCAUUUUACAAAUACACGAAAUUAUAGUGGUUCAUUUUAUUAUAUUAGUAAACUGUACAUAUAUACGAGAUACAUUUUCUUCUUUAUUUAUAUUUUCUGCGAAAAAGUACACUUUUGCUUACUUCCUCUAUUCGCUCAGUGACAAUCGUUAGUUUUCAUAAUGAUAGAUAACGGGUUAUAUAUAUAUAUAUGUGUUAAUUAUGGUUUUGAUACGAAGCGCAAUGUCGGGGCAUUUCACGAUCUUACUGAACGUUCUUUGGAUACACGUCGACACGAGCGUACUAUGUGAGAAACCAUUAUACGUGUACGUAAAAAUUUCUGCACCGCCUUGCACCCUCGUAUAAUAUUAUAAUCGAUGCGUUAGACAUCUCAUACAUUCAGACACACCACCACCAACAAGAACAAGAACAAGAACAAAUAAUUUUUUAAGAUUCAAUUAUUAUUUAAAUAGUACAGUUACAUUGUUAGUAUGAAUAACGACGCUUUUUAUACGAAUUUUAGUUUUUAACGUCGAUCUUAUGAUAUAUUAUAUGGUAUAAUGAUAAUGACAAUGGUAAUAACAAUAACGAUAAAUGAUAUCGAUAAUGGAAAUACAGAUUAUUAAAGAGAAAUGGAAAAAAAUGCGCAAAUGAGAAAGAGAGAUGAGAGAGUGAGAGAUAGUGAGAAUGAGAGCGAGAGAAAGAUUAACGAAAGAAAGAUAAAAAGUGAACGUGAGCGUGUGUUUAAGUUAGAUGAUUGUCUAUAGUAUAAACGAAGGCAUGCGUUAGGUAUGCCUCGAUGCUAUUUAAACAGACUUAAUUAAUGUAUUGCAAAUGAAUUAAUAAAGUGUAAGCGAAGCGUGUAUCUGUA